AACGGCAGUCCCACUUCCACGACACCACCUCACUGGGCCACAGGAAUCAGCGUCUUAGGCCCGAGAUCAGCAAAUUAUGGAGCCCAAAAUGGCCGUUAUCUCUCUUCGUAAUGUUGCUACCUCUGUUCCCAAGGGGCAUCUUCGAUGCGAUGCGCCUAUAACUGCUCUUGUUGUUCAUCGUCGCUUCGGCUUUUCACACUCUCUUAUUACGUUUGUACAACAAGGAACAAGUCGUACAUUCGCUACAACCUUUUGCCCGUGUCACAAGUAAGAAGACAACCUACAAUACCUAUCACCUCCCAGAAACCCCGAAUCCCGCUCCCGCUCACCGAGUGUCCGAUCGAGGUGAUUUUUUUUUCGGUCCUGGGCUUUCGUGACUUGCAAGUUCUCUUGUGAACGGUUGGACUCACAAAGGGAUCUCUUAACAAAAUCACAAGCCAACCGAAUUACCCCAAAUCGCCUCUCAAUAUUCCUGCUCUCGAUUGCGAAACCCGGAAAGGAAAGGCUCAGAUCAUGGGUGACAACGCUCUACUGCCAUCCGAGCCGCCGGCAAAUGAUCCGAACCCGAACCCGGUCCCAGUCCCGGUAAAGGAGGAGGAGGAGAACCCCUUUCCUCUUACGGCUGUCGACAAGUGGGUGCUGUCACAGACAGAUGAGCAAUUCAAGUAUCACUCAUGGGCUGAACUGCGCGUUCUUAUCCAAAACAAUGACCUCUCCGUCCUCAAACGCAAGCCGUCCGAUCUCCGGCGCUAUAUGAAAUGGACUGCCGAGACCAAGGCUUCGUACGGCAGCAUGACCAACUACCUCCUCGCCCACCGCCUGCCCAAGACAUGGGGGGUCCCCCCCUUCACGCCCGUCUCUGACGUCCCCUUCGCCGAACCCUCCGACUACUGCGUCCUGCUGAAUGACUGGCCGUACGGCUUCGAACCGGGCAUCACCCACAUGGUAGUGUGGACGCGCACGCCCAUCGCGGUAGAUGAUGAUAAGGGCGAUAUGACGCCUGAGAGCCGCAAGAUCGUCGGUGAUUUCGUGAAGCAGUACUUUGUAGAUCGGCUGGGACCAGGUGGUGAGGGAAAAGUGCUGUAUUUCAAGAACUGGGUGGCGUUGCAGAGCGUGAGAGCGCUGGAACAUGUUCAUGUGUUGGUGAAGGAUGUUGAUCCGGUGCUAAUUGGGGAAUGGACCAAGGAGCAAGAGUGGCAUAAGGCGUAGGUGACCGAGGUCGUAGUUGGCAAUGGCGGCGAUGUGUGUAGUUGGAAGAAAGUAGAAUAGAAGUUUGAUAGACAGCGCAAAGCGGCUAGACCACAUGCAGUAUCACUUGAAAGCUUUUCCC